AUGGCUUCUACAGACCCCAAGAGCUCCUUUUUGGGCUCAAUCUCUCCUUGGAAUGUCUCUCGAGUGACAACACCAAAGCCCAAGGAAGACAACCCAGAUGCAAAGCGUAGGGAAGAACAUCUAAGGAAGUCAAGCGGUCAAGACCAUACACACAGCAACCGACCUCUGCCCAGUCCGAGACGCUAUCCCGCUGACUGCCCUCCGCUGAAAUCAAGAUGGUUCUACGCUGUCGAUGUGCCCAAAAGAAAGCCACUUUCUGGCGAGCAGAGUGCUGAUGGAGAGAGCAAGCCAGCUCCUGUUCCAAAGAAAUUUACUGCAUUCUCCGCUAGUGACUCAGCUUCGAUUGAAACUGCUUUCCAAAAACUUGCAGAUCCAGACCCAAGCCCCAAUAAUGCUGGUGAUCACGCUUCGCCCAAGGUAACUAGGGUACCUGUCAACGAAGACUAUCUUUUUGACGUAGUCAUCGAAAAGCGUGAGCUUGAACCAGCGUAUUGGCUUGGUCCGGUGUAUGAGGUUCGGCGUGGUAGCUGGUUCUUUCCUGAAGGCUCAGGUCUCAGACCAUGCGACGAGAAUCUUGCAAAUCAACUGGAAGAGGGUUAUCUGAAGAUAGCUCCAUGGCGCCAGACUGCAGGAGCCUCGAAUCGAUCGUCCAGCCAGCCGCGUUCCCGACCGGCUUCUAUGCUAGUAGAGAGCACUAAACAGUCCUCUAGCAGGUCUGAAAGUACAUCUCCUGUCACCAGAGGCUCACCUCAACUACUGCCCGCAGACUCAGGCAAGGUUGAUCAAGCUCCAAACAGCUAUCGCCUGUUCGGCACACACAUGAAUACGACCGUCUCAUAUCAGGAUAAAAACACAGCAUGGCUUGUGACCGAUGAUUUCAUGUCUCGAAUGAGCAGCACGCUGGUAGGAUACGGCAGAUUUGGUGGGUUCUCCGGUACCAAAGUUGUGCGAGGCUUUUCUCAAGCAAGUGAAACAAAGACGGUUGACGGGGCCCGAGGGUCUGAGGUUGACACAGCGGCUGCCGAGCGCAGGUCCCUCCCUGCUGAGACCUUAUCAAAGAUGGGUAACGAGAGAGACAAAGCCCUGGAGAAGGAAGAAGAAACCGCUGUACCUCCAAGGAGAAGUGCUCUGGAACGUCAGUUAUCUUCAUUGGCAGGAGCACCAGGCAACGAGAGUUCUGAGGACCUGGCGGAGGAAGCUCGCCAACAGGAAGAAAAAGAAAUGGAGGAUUACAAAGAGACUGAUGGCGAUGACCAAGGACGUUCAAUUGAACAUCUUGUGCUUGUGACCCAUGGCAUUGGGCAGAGGCUUGGAUUGCGACUUGACAGCAUCAAUUUCAUCCAUGAUGUGAACACAUUGAGAAAGACAAUGAAGGCCGUCUAUGCUAAUGCUCCUGAUCUGCAAGCUUUGAAUUCUCCACUCAAGGAUGCAAGGACUAACAGCCGCGUGAUAUGUCUUCCGAUAGUAUGGCGUCACCUACUCGACUUCCCCAAGCAGAGCGUCAGACAGAACAAGCAAGAAUUUGAUCUCGCUGAUGCGGAGGCAAUAGAUGAGGACGAUUACCCAAGCCUGUCUGAUAUCACAGUUGAUGGGGUACCGAGCGUGCGCAAUCUCAUAACAGACCUGGCAAUGGAUGUUCUUCUGUACCAAUCAGCAUACCGAGAGCAUAUUGCUGGGAUCGUACAGCGAGAGUGUAACAGGGUGUACAACCUAUUCAAAGAGCGCAAUCCAGAUUUCUCUGGCCGAGUGAGUCUUUGCGGGCAUUCCCUAGGUAGCGCUAUCGUCUUCGACAUCCUCUGCCGUCAGAGAGACGCCGCGAAUGUUCGUUCCCACAAUCUUAACAAGACCUCGACAGAUAUAGAGCGUGAGAAAGGGAAUCUCCAGCUUGAUUUCAUCUGCGAGAAUUUCUUCGCUCUCGGCUCACCAAUUGCUCUAUUUCAGAUGUUGAAAGGAAGAACCAUUGCAGCUCGUCGCCGUAAUGACGAUAGUAAGCCUACACAUAGUCCCUUCGAUUCUGACCCAGAGAGCUUGUUUGCGAACGAUUCGAAGUAUACACACCAACAGAAGAGCGUUAUUCCUAUCAGCGUCUCAUCUCCAAAAUGCGACCAGCUCUUCAACAUAUUCCACCCCACAGAUCCAAUAUCGUACCGUAUCGAACCAUUGAUCUCCCCUGCUAUGGCAGCUCUAAAACCUCAACUGCUCCCCUACACCAAGAAAGGACUGUUCGGAACACCUGGAAUAGCAAAUAUCGGUGCUCUUGUGGGGCAGUCAGUGGGAUCGAUGUGGUCCAACUUUACCUCUGGGGUGGCAUCCAGUCUUCUGAACCGCAGUCUUGGCAUCACUGGCGAAGAGCAGGCUCUUUCUCAGGACAACAAGUUUCACGGCAACCUCGACAAAAAGAGCCAGCAGCAGAUUCAACCUGGAACUCAGAUGCCUAUAGCUGAUAGCAAGCGUCAACAGGCUUUGGCUGAUGCUACCUUGUCUGAGCCAUUGUCUGACCAUUUGCCAACACUCAUUGACUCGGAUAUGGAAACGCUGUAUGCUGGCUUUCAGAAGAGGCGCCUAUCACAGAAAUCAAGUGACACGAACCCGCUUGAGGCCCAAUCCGAUGAAGCUGAAGAGAAAGCCAAGAAAUUCAGACGCGAGGAGGCUAAGGUCAGGGCUUUGAAUGGAAAUGGUAGAGUCGAUUACAGUAUCCAGGAAGGUACUUUUGACAUCAGUCUGCUGGCAAGCAUUGCAAGUCACUUAAGCUACUGGGCCGAUGAAGAUGUGAAUCAUUUCAUGGUUGGGCAGAUGCUUUCAAGGAGCCGGAAGGAGGAAUAG